GGUCAGGGGAGUAGACAACUGGGAGGGCUGGAAUAAGCUGGUGAUAGGAUGGAGAGAGGGAGUAUAAAAGUUGAGCUUUGAAGGUGGGGGGUGAAGUCAGGCAAGAAGAAGUUGGUUCAAUCACACAAUAUAUUUUACUACAGUGUUUGUGUAUCCUGUUGCUCCAUCUCCUCAGAUCAUGGCUGACUUUGACAUGGUGCUGAAGUAUUGGGGUCCAAUCGAGGCAGACUACACUGGCAAUGGGGGCCUGGUUUUGACCCGUUUAUUCACAGAGCACCCAGACACUCUGAAGCUGUUCCCCAAGUUUGCCGGCAUUGCCCCGAGUGACCUGGCUGGUAAUGCAGCUAUUUCUGCCCACGGUGCCACAGUGCUGAAAAAAUUGGGUGAGCUGCUGAGGGCCAAAGGCAACCACGCUGCCAUCCUCAAACCUCUAGCCAACAGCCACGCCACCAAGCACAAGAUCCCCAUUAAUAACUUCAAGCUGAUUUCAGAGGUUGUUGUUAAGGUCAUGGUGGAGAAGGCAGGACUCGAUCCCGCUGGGCAGCAAGCUCUGAGGAAUGUGAUGGCUGUUGUUAUCGCUGACAUCGAUGCUGAUUACAAAGAACUGGGCUACACCGGCUGAAGGUUAAAGUCUUGC